UACAAUCAGACAAUUAUACUUAGCAAAAAUAUUCAGUUUAAUAUUAAAUUGGGGACUUUUUUCAUCCCUCAAUCGUUCAGAAAUUGUACGGAAAAACAAAAACAAACCAAACAGACCAGACAGACUAGACUAGACUCAUCGAAAUUCCAAAUUGUUCCGCUCCCCUUGUUGGACUCCAUCAGAAAUGUCAUCGUAUUUCCUGUCCAAGGAUGCUGCCGUUGGCUAUUGCAUGAAUUACAUGGUUCGCAGGAGUCGCGUCUCUGCCUCGCCCGUGUCCAAGUCGAGCAGCGACUCCGUCUACGAUCCCACACCCAAUCUGGAUGAGAUCAUAGCUCGUCUAACCGAGCAGGGCAUGUCAAGUUGGAAUGGAAGUGUGCUGCUCGAUGAUCACGAGAUCAUGGCGAUCUGCAGCAAGGCACGCGAGGUGAUGCUUAGGGAAUCGCCGUUGCUGGAGCUGCAGGCACCCAUAAACAUUCUGGGUGACAUUCAUGGACAGUUCACCAACCUGCUGAAGUACUUUAAGAUGGCGGGAUUUCCGCCACAAUCCAAUUAUCUCUUCCUGGGCGACUAUGUGGAUCGGGGCAAACAAUCGGUGGAGACGCUCACGCUGCUUUUGGCCUACAAAGUACGGUAUCCGGACAAGAUCUUUCUGCUGCGUGGUAACCACGAGAGCUCCAGUUUGAAUCGCAUCUAUGGCUUCUAUGAUGAGUGCAAGCGACGCUACACAAUCAAAUUGUGGCGAUGCUUUGUCGAUUGCUAUAAUUGCAUGCCAGUGGCUGCGAUUGUGGAGCAGAAUAUCUUCUGUUGUCAUGGCGGAUUGAGUCCCAGUUUGUUCACCAUGGAUCAGAUAAGGACCAUUAAGCGACCCUGUGAAAUACCCGAUCAGGGUCCGCUCUGUGAUCUGCUGUGGUCCGAUCCCGAUGUGCGAACCAUUGGCUGGGGUCUCAAUGAUCGCGGAGUGAGCUACACCUUUGGUGCGGAUACAGUGAGCAGUUUCCUCAAUCGCCACGGCUUCAGUCUCAUCUGUCGUGCUCAUCAGGUGGUCGAGGAUGGCUACGAGUUCUUUGCCAAGCGACAGCUGAUCACCAUCUUCUCGGCACCGAAUUAUUGCGGAGAGUUUGACAAUGCUGGCGCAAUGAUGUGCGUCGAUGAGAAUCUUUUGUGCACUUUCCGCAUCCAGCGACCGAUCACCUUGAGACGCAUUCCCAACUCCCAGUCGAUGCUCAGCUUUUGCAAGUCCUCAAACUCGAGUCGAGACACACGUAGUUGAUGAUGAGAGUGCCAAAAUUAUCAGCAGGGUUCGCAAAUAUAAUUGUAGUUGUUUAUUUUCGGAUAAUCGGUAUUGUUUUAACCAAGAGACAGAGAUGCGGUAUCGAGUAUUGUGUAGAACACAGAUUAUUUGAUAAUGUCUUAAGUAGAUUUGUUGUCGUGGAAGUAAAGUAAAAGUCCAGAUUCAAUAAAGUUAUGUUGAUUAUUGAUAUCAGA